CCCCCACCACCCUGCGUUGGGCAAAGGAAGAGCCUGCACGCGGGGAAUGGAAACCUGUGGGAGCCGGUGGUUACUGUGACCCUGAGACUGUGGGUUAGUGUGUGCUUGUGGGAUCACACGUGUGAUGCGUGUCGGAGUGUGUGUGACUUGUGUGGCUGGGACUGUCAUGGAGAGUCGUGUGCGUGACCGUAUCACUCCGUGUGACUGUGUGGGAGCUUGUGAAAGCAUAUGUCUCGGUCACACUCGUGGGACGUGUUUUGGGGUCCGACUGUGGACUCUGGAGGUCAUGUGGAGUGUGUGUGGCUCUGUGGUCCCCUAACACUGUGUGACUUUCCACUUGGGGGAAAACUGUGCGACCCUGUGGGUAGCCACACAACCUGUGCAUUUGCUACGUUGUCAUCAUCCUUUGAACCCCUCCUAGGGCCAACCUGGGGACCCAUGGGAUGAUGGAGACAUUGCCCUGCUCCUGUCCUUCUGGGCCCCAUACGGGGGUCAGGUAGAUCACGGGGGGUGUUUGUGAUGAGCUACUAGUGAGUGUGUGAGGACAGCGUUCCCGGGGCUGUGGGACACUGACUAUCCCGGGCGCGUGUGUGGGAGUCCAGAGCACUGCGCAGGCGGCUGUGCCAGCCUGUGCAUGGCUGCCGCCUGGUGGGUGAGAGACCGGCUCUCUGGGUGCGGAUGGCGUUGCCGCCGGUGAAUGGACGUGUGACUCCGAGGAACGGUGACAGCAACUGUGCUGCUCGCGGCGGGGCUGGGGGGGCUGUUCCCUGCCCCCAGCUCCCCCCUCAGGCCCCGGUUCCGCCCUGGCCCCGCCCCCUCCCACCGCCCCAGGCUCCCAGGCUGCCAGCGCCUGUCCCCUCUUCCAGAGCACAGGCAAGCGCCAGAGGCAGCGGUGGCAGGAGCAGCCGGAGCAGGUGACCAGGAGCAGGACUGGGGACAGACCCUUCUCUGCCCUCACGAUGCUGAACUCCUGGCCCCUGCGUGUGUUGCUGCUGCUGUCGCUGUGGGGACUGCCGCUCCGGAGGGCGCAGACAGGCUCUGGGGCACAGACGGCGGGGGAGCUGUACCAGCACUGGGAACGGUACCGCCAGGAGUGCCAGGAGACCCUGGACGCCGCGGAGCCGCCCUCAGGCCUCGCCUGCAACGGAUCCUUCGAUAUGUACGUCUGCUGGGACUAUGCUGCCCCCAACACCACUGCCCGAGCGUCGUGCCCCUGGUACCUUCCCUGGUAUCGGCACGUGGCUGCGGGCUUCGUCCUCCGCCAGUGUGGGAGUGAUGGGCAGUGGGGACCUUGGAGAGACCAUAUUCAGUGUGAAGACCCGGAGAAGAAUGGGGUGUUUCAGGACCAGAGGCUGAUCUUGGAGCGGCUACAGGUCGUGUACACCAUUGGCUACGCCCUGUCCCUGGCCACACUGCUGCUAGCCCUGCUCAUCUUGAGCUUCUUCAGGCGGCUCCACUGCACACGUAAUUACAUCCACAUCAACUUGUUCACGUCCUUCACGCUGCGCGCGGCAGCCAUUCUCACCCGCGACCGCCUGCUGCCUCCCCCUCGGCCCUACCCUGGGGAUGAGACCCCUACCCUAUGGAACAAGGCCCUGGCCGCCUGCCGCACGACCCAGAUCGUGACCCAGUACUGCGUGGGUGCCAACUACACGUGGCUGCUGGUGGAGGGCGUGUACCUGCACCGACUGCUGGUGCUCGCGGGGGGCUCGGAGGACGGCCACUUCCGCGGCUACCUGCUCCUCGGCUGGGGGGCCCCCGCGCUUUUCGUCAUUCCCUGGGUGAUCGUCAGGUACCUGUACGAGAACACGCAGUGCUGGGAGCGGAAUGAUGUCAAGGCUAUUUGGUGGAUCAUACGCACUCCCAUCCUAUUAACCAUCUUGAUUAAUUUCCUCAUCUUCAUGCGCAUUCUUGGCAUCCUCGUGUCCAAGCUGAGGACGCGGCAGAUGCGCUGUCCGGACUAUCGACUGAGGCUUGCUCGCUCCACGCUCACGCUGGUGCCUCUGCUGGGCGUGCACGAGGUGGUGUUCGCUCCGGUGACCGAGGAACAGGCCCGGGGCACCCUGCGCUUCGCCAAGCUGGGCUUUGAGAUCUUCCUCAGUUCCAUCCAGGGGUUCCUGGUCAGCGUCCUCUACUGCUUCAUCAACAAGGAGGUAGGAGAGCCCCGCCUGCGCCAUCUGGCGGCCGCGCGGGGAGCGGCGCCGCCACUGAGCACCCUGAGGUUGCAGGUGCAGACAGAGAUCCGCCGGGGCUGGAACCACUGUCGCCUGCGCCACAGCCUCCGUGCCGCGCCCCGCCAGCGCCCACAGCAGGUCUCCCGGGGCUCUGGCCCCGUCGAGGUUCCCAUCCACCACGCCUUGUCCUCAAAGUCGCUUCCAGGGCCUGGAGAUGAGGUCUUGGAAAGUUACUGCUAGGUAAUAGGAAUGUUGUGUCUGUUCCGUAUUUAUUGAGAGCCGUGCCAGGGCCGGUGUGGGGGACGCUGGGGAAAUGGGGGAGAAAGAAACAGAAGACAAGGGCCUGCCCUUCUGGGGAUGACGGCUGUGCAGGGGGAACUGACGGUGGACACAGAACCCAAGGUACGCACGUACUGCGCAGCCGUUGUGAGAGUGCAGAUGGUCCCGGGGUUGCGGGCCAUCUCUGAGGAGGGACAUGGAAGCCACGCCUGAAAGAGGUGAAGGAGACAACCGAGCAGAGAACUGGAGGACAAGACUCUGGGCAGAAGGCGAGGCAUGUGAGAAGGGCCUGGGGCAAGAAGGCGCCCGCCUGGGGUCUUUGCGCUGGAGUGGAGGGAGUCAGAGCCCGCAGAUCUGGAGAAGCGGCAGCGGCGCACGGGCAUGAGGAGCUUCGCAGGGGCGGCUCAUGGGCCAGCGUUUCCCACACGCCUUUGCUUCUGCUGUAGGGACUCUCAGGGCAGGGGUGGAAGCCAGGAGUCCGAGAGGAGGGAACUGAGGGACGAUGGCGGCCGAGGAGGGUGAGGAGUGAUGGAGACCACUACAAAGCGACCCUGAGCAGGACUUAGUAUUAACCAGCUGGCUUCCCGUGUUGACUUGGGAGUUGUCCGAAGCUUAGGCACCUUGUCUGGGGAUGGGCAGCGGACUCACAGUAAGUGAACUUCUGUGGUCACUGGUUCCCGCUGAGGCCUGUGUUGGCCUGUGAAGCUGUGACUCCUCAAAGGAUGAGACAAGGCCACAGCUGAGGACGUCUGGCUCCGACACCAAUUAA